UAAAAGAAAGAUGAUAAUCUUUAUUUAGAGCUGCUCCUUAUAUGAAAAACUGUAUGCUCAUAGUUCAUUUGAACAACAAAGGUAUUUUGACCACUUGUAAUCAUUUCCUGGGAUAAAUUCAAUUUCAAAGUCUUUGACAGUUUGUAAUGAUGAUGGAAGCCCUGACAUGAAAAUGUUGAUCGCUUAAUGAGUUUUACAAAAUAAGAAAAUGCGUACAAAAACUGGAAUAAAUGACUAGGAACAGCAAAGUAAAUAUGAAGAUGCAAAAAUGUGGCUACUUUGACCUGUCAGGGAACAUCCAGCACAACCAGAUACUCAUCCUCAGUUCCUUCCAAUAACAUAAGAUUUGACUCAGGCAACUGAAUUAUCUCCUUAAAUAAUAUGAUUUGUUUGUCUGCAGCAUUCUUUGUGUGGACAAAUUCUUCUGUCAUGAUUUAAAAUGGUUCAGUUGGACCCAAGUGCAGAAUGAAAAGGAUAGCUGUUUGCUAAUUGGAAUAGAAAUUUGAUUUAAAAAAUUACCUUUACAUUUAAAAAGUUAAAUAAAUGUUCAUGGAGCAACCUCCUAUCACGCCCAGGCGAAAAAAUAGGGUUACGAGGGAGGCGGGCCAACAAGGAACCGGGCCCUGCCCCUCUACACACGGAAACAUUCCCUCUCCUGCCCAGUAGGUGGCGGCAGUGCAUCUGCAUAUGCUGCUUACCAACCGUAAAAACAGAAGAAAAAGAAGUGGAGUUUUAUUUUUUUUUUCCUUCUAGUGCGUUAUCCGGAGUAAAACGCUGAAAACAGCUGAAAUUUAGGUUCUCAUUAUACGCAUUGCAAAUCGACAAAACUGGCCCCUCCGCUGCCUGUCACCAUGCCUGCCCUGCUGGAGAGACCCAAGCUGUCCAAUGCGAUGGCCAGAGCCCUCCAUAAGCAUAUAAUGAGGGAGAGGGAGCGCAAGAGACAAGAGGAAGAGGAGGUGGACAAAAUGAUGGAGCAGAAGCUGAAGGAAGAGGAGGAGAGGAAGAGGACAAAAGAAAUCGAGGAGAGGAUGUCCUUGGAGGAAACCAAGGAACAGGUCAUGAAGAUGGAGGAGAAACUUCAGGGACUCCAAGAAGAGAAACAUCAGCUUUUUCUGCAGCUUAAGAAAGUUCUGCACGAGGAGGAGAAGAGACGCAGGAAGGAGCAGAGCGAUAUCACAACCUUGACGUCAGCCAGCUACCAGCCCAGUCUGUCCAUGCACACAGGACAGCACCUCCUCAGCAUCCCGGGAAGUCCAGUGAGUCACAGUCGACCCGGCGCCCUGCUGGGAGAACGGAGCAAGCAGCUGUUCCCAGCCUCCGUCAUCCCAACCCGUCAUUAUCAGACGCCCGGGUUCAGCUCCAGCUCAGCAGAACACGGCCAGUUCAGCGGCAGCCAGGGGGUCCACGAGCCCUACGGCAUGGCCGCAUCCCAGCACCCCUCCACCUACGCCCCCGGACCCUCUGUGCCCGUUAGCUUCGCCAGCAGCUCUCAGAUCAGAGGAGCGUCUGCUUUCCAAGCCAUGCAGUACCUCCCUCACCAGCAGACAGGCUAUCCUGUUCACAGCCACUUCCCCUCCCAGCCUGGUUUCAUCUCCGGAGCUUCGAUACCCCUGCAGAAGCAGCUGGAACACGCCAACCAGCAGUCAGGCUUUACAGAUGCAGGAGCUUUGAGGCCCAUGCAUCCCUCUGCCAUGCAUCCCUCUGCUUCAGGUCUGCUGCCCACUCCCAUGGUCCAAAUCCCCACAGCCAAGGCUCCGUUUCAGAGCUCCCCACAGGGGGCCCCCCGUCACAGCUUCCUCGCCCACAGCCAGAGUGGGCAGAGGUUUUACCACCACAGCAAGUAAAACACGGCCACCUUCAUCUCUCUUCUUUUACUGCAGCUUCACAGCUAUGAGGAGGAACCCGUGGCGGAUCACUCUGGAUUUAAAAUAGAAACAUAGAUUGAUUUGUGCCAUAAUGACUAUAAUUUUCACUAUGUAAUUAUUUUGACUUUUAAUAAGCUAACAAGAAAAGCUAGGAUGUUUCUGUUGUUUUUCCUUUCUUUCAUUUAUCUUUUAAUGAGUAACAUUUGUAGAUAUUCAUUAAAAGUUCUGCUGCUUAGAGCCGUGUGGCCAGCAGGGGGCGCACGAGAGCUUUCGAUUCAAACCGAGAAAUUAUGUUAGAACUUAAUGUCUUUUAAAUUUACUCUGUUAAAUACCAAAUUACAGAUUUAAACAACCUUGUGGAAUGUUUUAGUUUUUCCAACUUAAAAUUUGAUAAUUUCAUACAGAAGCCACCAUAAAACGGCAACAAAAAGACAAGGAAUGUGUGAAUUAGUUCUGAUGAAACUGGAAAUUUAAAGGUGUUUAGAGGUGAAAUUCUGCUAAAAGGUUAUAAGAAAUCAACAUUAUCUGCAACAUACAAUUCUUAUGACAUCUUCAGUUAUCAAUCUUUUGUGUAAAUCCAGGUUAUUUGGACUCAGGUGCUAAAGCUAACGGCUAGUCCAAGACAGACUAAGACCAGCUUUGACUUUUACUGCCUUCGACAUCUUCCAUCUCAAAACGUCAGAGGAUUCUGUGAAGAGUUUUCUGUCAAACUUUUAGUCAUUGUCAAUUUUGGGUAGAAUUAUUACAAAAAAAUAAAUAUAAGUACAUUAGAGAUGAAGGUGGGAGGCGGCGCGUCACCGACAAUCUUCCUGUGUGAAACACAAACCACGUAAAGCAUUUUCAAUCAGAGUAAAUAUUGUGAAGGAAGAAAAAAAAAUGUUUGAAUGAACAUGUUGCAGAUGUUUUUUUGUUUUUUUUUACGCUCAUUUAUAUAAGUUGCUCCGACCAGGAACUCUUCAGAUGUUUCAGGAAGAUCAUUGGUGGUGCACCGCCUCCCACCUGCAUUUCUACGUGAAAUGAGCAGAACCUCGUUUCACAAUAAAUCCUGUUAUCCUCUUAGAAGUGGUUUUGCUUUUUCCAGCUGUGAAACGGACCUCCGGAUGUGGCUCGGUUGUUGAAAUGAAGCUUAUUUUGAAACCGCUCUGAAUCCAUUUCAUGGUCUUAAACGUGCAUCGAACUGUUGGUUUCUUUUAAGCCGGCCUGUUUUCUUUACUCACAUGUGGAUAGAUUCACUCUGCUGAUCUCCACUCAGGCUCGGAAACUUUGUUUUGAUACAUUGGAGCAUCGCUGUUUGUUUUAUCAUCCUCUGCAGCAUUAACUGGCUUAAAGCGUUCAUUUAAAACUUGCUAAAUAAACAAUAAAUAAAUAAACAAUAAAUAAAUAAGUCACACCCA